AUGGACCGGGGUGGGAUUUGGGAUGCUUCAAGCCGAACCAUCCUCGAGCAUCUCCGGUGUGCCUCAUCGGCCGUGCUGUCCCGCAGCGCUGCCAUGCCCAGCUGCCCGGCUCCCGUCCCGCUGCUGCUGCUGCUCGCCGCGGUGCCCGGAGCGGCGCAUCCUCCCGCCUCCGGCCCGGGCAGAACGCCGCUCCCGGCGGCGCCGCCCGGAGCGCAGCUCCCCACGCUCUUCCCGCUGGAGAAUUCCACGCUGGACUCGGCCGAGCUCUUCUUCAACUGCUGCGAGUGCUGCCCGCCCGCCGGGCCGCGGGGACCCGCAGGUCCCAAGGGGGAGAAGGGAGAUGCUGGGCUGCCAGGGCUGCCGGGAACUCCUGGCCCUCAAGGUCCCAAAGGCUCUAAAGGAGAAAGAGGGGAGCAAGGGGAGCGAGGAGCGAGUGGAAGCCCCGGUUAUCCAGGGAAACCCGGGCUGCAAGGUGAAGCUGGAGCCAAAGGCAAUAAGGGCAGCUACGGCUUCCCCGGCCUGAAGGGACAAAAGGGGGCUAAAGGGGACACCUGUGACAACGGCACCAAGGGAGACAAAGGGGACAGGGGCGAUCCCGGAGAGCCGGGAGCGGGCGGGGAGCAGGGGGACAAGGGAGAAAAGGGGGACACGGGGGAAAAGGGCUACUGCGGGGAGCCGGGGGGCAGAGGGGCCAAGGGGGACAGAGGGGAAGGGGGCACCAAGGGGGAGAAGGGCAGCAAAGGGGACGCGGGCACUGAGGGCACGCGGGGGGCGGCCGGCAAGCAGGGAGAGAAGGGCGAGCAGGGCCCCAAGGGUGACAAAGGGGACCUGGGCCCCGCGGGCGCCAAGGGCGAGCCUGGCACCAAGGGCGGGCGCGGCGCCCCGGGCAGGAAGGGUUCCCGUGGAGCCAAAGGCGCCGCUGGGCACGUCCCCAGGGCCCCGCGCUCGGCGUUCAGCGCGGGGCUCUCCAGGCCCUUCCCUCCUCCCAACGUGCCCAUCAGGUUCGACCGCGUGUGGUUCAACGAGCGCCACGAUUACGACCCCGCCACGGGCAAGUUCAACUGCAGCGUGCCCGGCGCCUACGUCUUCUCCUACCACGUCACCGUGCGCGGCCGCCCCGCGCGCCUCAGCCUCGUGGCCAGCAGCAGGAGGGUGGCCAAGGCCAGGGACACCCUCUACGGCCAGGACAUCGACCAGGCCUCCUUCCUCACCAUCCUCAAGCUGAGGGUGGGCGACCAAGUGUGGCUGGAGGUCGCGAAGGACUGGAACGGGCUCUACGCCGGCGCGGAGGACGACAGCGUCUUCACGGGGUUCCUGCUGUACCCUGAUGGUUUUGAGGUCCUUCUGUGA